GUCUCCUGCUGUAAGAGCGCGGUUGCCCUAAACGCCGGGUCUCCCGUGUGCUCUUGUUGUGUGCUUCAGUCCUUAAUGUUUUGUGUGAGAGCUCUUAAAGCGUAGUGCCAUGGAGUGUGUCGCGUGUGAUAUAUGGUACAUGUGAAACGUGUUUCUGUGUGUGUUUACAUACACAUGUUUACCGUGUUACUUGCGUCAAAAAAUUCGUUUUAGUCAAUUUCGAGAACAACAUAUUGCAGCUAAUAGUACAGUUCAAUACGUUUGUCAUAUGCCCAAUCUAUUGUGUAGAGGAGCUUUAGUGCACAGCGCGCUAGACUCGUACGUCCAUCAUCAACAGUGUUUUCGGAGUGUUGGCUAUCGACCUGAAGCUUUGACUGUGUGAUUGGAUGUGAGUGUUGUUUUCAAUACAAGUUUGAGAUAAGGUUUCAGACUACGUCGUGGGACCUCUCCCUUCUCUCUGUAGUGAGCACACAAAUACAAAGUAAAAAAAAUAAAAAUACUAAAGAUAGCGUACAGGAGUGGAAGAGUCGUGCUCGCCCUGAGUAAGGGCCCCCCCUGUGUUGGUGUCUACGUGUAGCCGAGUGGAGGCGUUCUCCCCUACUGCACGAGGGCCAGGGCUCUCCAUACGAUUACCAGAUGUUUGCGACCAUGUUUUUGAACACGCUCACCCCCAAGUUUUAUGUUGCCUUAACCGGAACCUCAUCACUGAUAUCUGGUCUUAUACUGAUCUUUGAGUGGUGGUACUUCAAGAAAUAUGGAACGUCCUUCAUCGAGCAGGUCUCCCUCAAUCAUAUCACUCCUCUGCUUGGCGGUGGGGACACCAGCUCCGAGAACGGCACAGCCAGCAUCACGAAUGGCACGGCCAGCACCAACGGCGGCGGCACCAUAUCCAACGGGGGCCUCGAAAACGGCACGCGGCUCACCAGCCAUCAGUCUACCUUACCCGGUCAGUCAUCAAAAUGUAAAGUAUGGAGGAACCCUCUGAAUUUAUUCCGUGGCUCAGAGUACCAGAGGUUUAACUGGGCCACAGGGAAAGAGCCUCUGACCUACUAUGACAUGAAUCUCUCAGCACAAGACCACCAGACCUACUUCACAUGUGAGGCAGACACAGGCAAACCAGAAUAUGAAAUAAUGCAAAUGGCCUGGAGAGAAAGAAACCCUCAGUCUAGGAUCAAAGCUGCACAUAAUGCGUUAGAGAAGAAUCCAGAGUGUGCCACAGCAAUGGUGUUGCUGGCUGAAGAAGAAGCUACCACAGUCAUAGAAUGUGAAAAACUGUUCAAACAAGCAUACAAGGCAGCAGAAGGCAGUUAUAGAAAAUCACAGUCAACACAACAUCAAAAUUCUACACAAGAGGCAUUACACCGUCGUGAUAUGAAUGUAUUAGUGUAUAUAAAAAGAAGAUUAGCAAUGUGUUCACGGAAAUUGGGCAGAACAAGAGAAGCCGUCAAAAUGAUGAGAGAUUUAUUAAAAGAGUCUCCUGUCAUGAAUUUUAACAUUCAUGAAAAUUUGAUAGAAGCAUUGUUAGAAUUACAAGCGUAUGCUGAUGUACAAGCUGUGUUAGCCAGGUUUGAUGACAUCAGUUUACCCAAGUCAGCCACUAUUUGUUAUACAGCAGCACUUCUUAAAGCAAGGGCUGUAGCUGAUAAAUUCUCUCCAGACAUUGCCUCUAAAAGAGGUUUAAGUACAGCAGAAAUGACAGCAGUAGAAGCUAUACACAGAGCAGUGGAGUUCAAUCCUCAUGUUCCCAAGUAUCUCUUAGAAAUGAAGAGUCUCAUCCUACCUCCAGAGCAUAUCUUGAAGAGGGGGGACAGUGAGGCCAUAGCAUACUCUUUCUUUCAUCUCCAUCACUGGAAAAGGGUAGAGGGAGCACUCAACCUCUUGCAUUGUACCUGGGAAGGAACAUUUCGUAUGAUUCCCUACCCCUUAGAAAAAGGUCACUUGUUUCACCCAUAUCCCACAUGUACAGAAAAUGCAGAUAGAGAAUUAUUGCCAGCCUUCCAUGAAGUCUCAGUGUACCCCAAAAAGGAGCUGCCAUUUUUCAUCUUGUUUACCGCAGGCCUGUGUUCCUUCACCGCUCUCCUAGCCCUGCUUACACAUCAGUAUCCAGAACCAAUGGGAGUUGUUGUACGAACGAUGCUUGGCUGGCUUUAUCUUCCUCUCAGUUACAUUUUGGAAAAAUUAGAAGCUAUCCUCCCAUCCAAUCUGCUGCAUCAACUGUCUCGGAUCUAGAUCAAUGUGACCUGUGACAAUCUACUGCCCAGCGUCUAGUUAACUCUAAGUCUGUAGAUAACGUCGAAAUGUUUAGCUUUGUUGUUCAUCAUCUUCACUCAUCCUUCAUCACAGACUGUGGCAUAAUGCCGCUACCGUUCAUCAUCCUCAUCUUUACCAAUGCUGUUACUGUUACAUUUUAGUUUUACCUCCAUUGUGUUUCAUUUUUUUUUCCCUAAACCUCAUUGUAUUGUUUCUGUGUCAGCUCUCUCCCUCUACUUGCUACUCUUUUGUUUUGAUUCAUUGAGACAUUCAAUGAUCAAUGCUUUAUACUAAUUUGAAAGAGCACUUGUGAAGAUGGAUUUCAAUAUCAGAAUUCCAUCUAGUUUGUAAAACUAGAGGUUUUAUAGCUUUAAAAAAGUUUUAUUUCAAAUGCACAUCAGGAAUAGGACAUCUUGUUUUGAUGCUUGCUUGACAUGUUGUAGAGACAUUUCCAAGCUACUAGGGUUUUUUUGUUAUUUAUUUUUUUUUUAAGUUUUUUUAAUGAAUGUGAGACAAUGAAUGACGUAGCUUUUAUUUUGGAUUUCUUUAGAACCAAAAAAAAAGAAUCCUUUGUUGUUUUAUUUUGUUCAAAUAUCAUUGUUAAAUUUCUGAUUGAUCUGUGUGAUAAACUUAAACACAAAGGAGCUAACUUACAUUAGCUUAGUCACACACACACACUAUUUCAACCAGUGAAUUAGAUUGUAUUACAAAGUAUCUGAAUACUCUCAGUUUCUGUCCCUCAAGGAUAUGUUUCGAGGCUGUACACUGGAGUAGGCUCAGUGCUUUCUAAUAGUUUAAGAAUGAGGAAGCCAAUUUAUGCUAGGAAGUAAUAUAACAUUGAUCAAAAUCAGUCAAAAUUUUGCCUGAAUUGUAACAAUUGCUGGCUGAGUGUAACAUAACACAUUUAAAAGUAAACUGUGACACUUGUGGUUUUUUGUCACUGUCAUCAAGCUUUCUCAACAAUUAUGUUCUCUGGGCUACUAGAGUUUUUUUUAAGACUGAUAAUUGGUUGAAAUUUGUUUGAGAUUUUAAUGUUUUGUUGUGGUUUACGGGGUGGAUGGGGCUCUUACAAAGAAAAGUAAUAAGACUUAUUGACUAUGACAAAUUAUGAUGGGUAAUUAUUGAUAAAGGAAGACAAUCUAUUAUAACAAUUGUUAGGGCCAUCAAACAAUUCUAUUAUAAUAUAAUAAUUGUUAAGGCCAUCAGACAAUUGUAUUAUUGUUAAGGCCCUCAGAUAAUUCUAUUCUAAUAAUUGUUCAGGUUAUUGAACUGUUCAGUUUUUUUCUUCCCACAUCCCUCCCAAUGUUUUUAUGUUCCUUACUGCCUCUAGUGUUCACUGACUUGGCUUUGAGCUCCAUCUCAUUCUCUUUGUUGUAUGUACCAGUGGGUAAAUGUUAUAACAAGCUGAUCACAAACUAGUUCAAAGAUUGUAUUUAUUUAUAUAUAGAUUGAUAUAUUUUCCUAAGCUACAAUGAUUUUAGUUCAGCUAUGGUAUUCUAAGGACGUUACAAAUGGCUUUGUUUGUUUUUCAUGCAGGCUUCAUUUAUACAUAUUUCAAUUUUUUUUGUUUUCAAGACUUUGAAAUCACACUUAUGUGUUUUAGCAAUUAAUGAAUCAUGCAGACUCAAAAAGGGUUCAGUUAUCUAGUAUCAGAUCUUUCUUAUUUAAUUGUAUCUUAUUAGAGUUAUAAUUUUGAUCACAGACUUCUUUGCAUGCCAGAUUUUCUCAAGCUUUAGCACUUAUCAAUUGGGGAUACACACUAUUCUUAACAUUAGAGAGAAAUUGAAAGAAAAAGUUCUAUUGAGUGUGUGUGUGUGCAUCAACUAGUUCAGAAGAAAAGAAGCAAGUGGGAUGUCAAGUUUUCCUAAGGUAUAAGUAGUAGCAACAAUAAGAGACAGAACCACAAUCCCUUAAUCAUCACUGUCUUACUAGGCUGACCACAUUCGCUUUGGAAUUGUUUAGAUAUAAUUACAAAACCACAACCUAUUUCCUUAGAUACAUUAUUUUUUUAUCAUCCCCUUUUUCAUUUCUGUUUAUGUUUCAAUUUCCCCUAAAUGUUGUAGUAUUCAAUUUCUUGUUCUAAUCUUUACAAUAUUAGGAAAAGUGAUUUAGACAAAGUUUAUGUUGUUUUACUCUGAGGUUAAAAAUGGUCUGCAUUUUAAAAAGUGUAUUAUUUUUUUAACUGGUGGAAGUUUAUUAGUUUUUAUUUCUUUGUUCAUGAAAGACUUUUAAGUUUCCCAUCUACUAAAACAUUGUCAAGUACUGUCCUAGAAGGAUAAAGUAAGUAGACAGCUUCAAUUAGUUUCAAUCCUGAGUUGAUGCUCAGAGGUUUCACAAUUAGGGCUCUUACAUUUGUGACCUAUGAGUGGAUAGCCUAACCAGAAUAGUCACUGGAGGUCUUAGUGAUAUGGCUCCCUGGUCAUUUGAUAUGCACCUCAGACUAUAGUCAGAGUUCAAACCCUGCCAUCCUACAGGAGGUUUGAAAUAUCACCUAUUAAUCUUUUCUUUAUGAAAGAACAUCUGAAAUGUAUACAAACACAAAAAUUUUGUUGCCUAUCUGGUACAGAAAGUACUCAUUAAGGGAACGCUUCACUUGACAGAGAGACCAAUGAUCUUAGCGACCUUUAAACAUAAUGGAGUUCCCCCCAGCACUGAAAUAAAAUAAACCCAGCCUGCACAUAAUUCAUACAAGAUCAACACUACAGCUAGUCUCCCUACACACACUUGAAACAAGUCUUAAACCACAGAAAGAAGGUUUUAAAAAUGGAUGCACUGCCAUUUCAAGUCACCGCAACAAUACUCACCAGCUCCUCAGUCUCACCAUUAGCUCAUGAUUGUGUUGUAUUAGUUGCAGAUUUCUCAUUGGUUCUGUUCAACAUUGGCUGAUAUUAAUAAUUUAUAUGAUGUGUUUUUAUGUUUUGUUGUUCUGUUUGAGUUCCUUUACUCCCCCCCCCCCCCCCCCAACGUGACAAUUUUAUUUCAAUGUGAAAGUUUCUUUUGAGCUAGCCAUAUUAUUUAGUCAAUGGUUAGGACUUGUGUAUCUUUGUUGUUUAAUGACUAUUGGAUCAAGGGGAAACAAUUCAUGUAAAAUACAAAGGGAAUAUUUGUGGGACUUGGAUAAAACAGAAAAUGUUGAUAUCCGGGUCACUCACAGAUGUUCUCAUAUCAUGACCUAUAAAAUAUAAAUAUAUUAAAUUCAAAUUUAUUGGAAUUAUAAAGUUAUGAAGCACAAAA